CUGUUUUGGAGGUGCGCGGUAACGAUAAUCUGCGUGAACUCUGGUCCCCCCGCUCAAACGACUCUGCAGGCGCGAGCAGGGGCCUACAGGUUGUUUCCGGCGGCCUAGUGCAUUUCAUUCUCAAUCGCCAACUCUGCCCUCAACGUGUAUUUGAGCUACGCAAAACGGGUGCCCUCAUUCUGCCUGGCGGUCGAGACUUUCAUUCUCAGGAACGCGAGCUAGCUGAGACCACCAAUGGAAAAUUCGCAAUGUGUAAGUCACAUUUAUCUCUCUGCUAUCCAAUUUUGUAA